AUGAACAUUUUAUUUCAUUCAGGUUAUACUGGAGAACUUUGCCAAUCCAAGAUUGAUUAUUGCAUCCUAGACCCAUGCAGGAAUGGAGCAACAUGCAUUUCUAGUCUCAAUGGAUUCACCUGCCAGUGUCUAGAAGGAUACUUUGGAUCUGCUUGUGAAGAAAAGGUGGACCCGUGCGCCUCUUCGCCAUGCCAGAACAACGGCACCUGCUACGCAGACGGGGUGCGCUUCACCUGCAGCUGCAGCCCGGGCUUCACGGGGUUGGCCUGCACCCAGCUUGUGGACUUCUGUGCUCUCAGCCCUUGUGCCCAUGGCACGUGCCGCAGUGUGGGCACCAGCUACAAAUGCCUCUGUGACCCAGGGUACCACGGCCUCUACUGUGAAGAGGAAUAUAACGAGUGCCUCUCUGCUCCGUGCCUGAACGCCGCCACCUGUAGGGACCUUGUUAAUGGCUAUGAGUGUGUGUGCCUGGCAGAGUACAAAGGAACACACUGUGAAUUGUACAAGGAUCCCUGCGCUAACGUCAGCUGUCUGAACGGAGCCACCUGUGACAGUGAAGGCCUGAAUGGCACGUGCAUCUGCGCACCCGGCUUUACAGGUGAAGAGUGCGACAUUGACAUAAAUGAAUGUGACAGUAACCCCUGCCAUCAUGCUGGGACCUGCCUGGACCAGCCCAAUGGUUAUACCUGCCACUGCCCACACGGCUGGGUGGGAGCUAAUUGUGAGAUUCACCUCCAAUGGAAGUCCGGACACAUGGCAGAGAGCCUCACUAACAUGCCUCGCCACUCCCUCUACAUCAUCAUCGGAGCUCUCUGUGUUGCCUUCAUCUUAAUGCUGAUCAUCCUGAUUGUGGGGAUUUGCCGCAUCAGCCGCAUCGAGUACCAAGGCUCUUCCAGGCCAGCCUACGAGGAGUUCUACAACUGCCGCAGCAUCGACAGCGAGUUCAGCAAUGCAAUUGCUUCCAUCCGGCAUGCCAGGUUUGGAAAGAAAUCCCGGCCUGCGAUGUAUGACGUGAGCCCUAUCGCCUAUGAGGAUUACAGUCCUGAUGACAAGCCCUUGGUCACACUGAUUAAAACAAAAGAUUUAUAAUCUUUUUUUGGAUUAUUUUUCAAAAAGAUGAGAUACUACACUCAUUUAAAUAUUUUUAAGAAAAUAAAAAGCUUAAGAAAUUUAAAAUGUUAGCUGCUCAAGAGUUUUCAGUAGAAUAUUUAAGAACUAAUUUUCUGCAGCUUUUAGUUUGAAAAAAUAUUUUAAAACCGGAAUUUGUGAACUCCAUAGACUACGUUUUAAUGUACUUUCAGCUCUCUAAACUGUAUGCUUCUACUACUGUGUGCUCUUUUCAUGAUAGACACUAUCACGAACCCAGAUUCAUUUCUGUGGUUGUUACAGAAUAAGUCUAAUCAAGGAGAAGUUUCUAUUUGAUGUGUGAGUGCCGGCUUUCUGAGUAGAGUUAGGAAAAACAUGUAAAGUAGAGUAUGAUGCAUAAUAGAGUAUACCUGUUACUUAAAAAGAAGUCUGAAAUGUUUGUUUUGUGAAAAAGAAACUAGUUAAAUUUAUUAUUCCUAACCCGAAUGAAAUUAGCCUUUGCCUUAUUCUGUGCAUGGGUAAGUAACUUAUUUCUGCACGGUUCUGUUGAACUUUGCGGAAACAUUCUUUCGAGUUUGUUUUUGUCAUUUCUGUAAUAGUUGUCAAGCUAGACCUUGAAAACAUACACUAUGAAAGGGCCUAGUGAGGCAAAUUAUGAUCAAUUUGGCUCUCUAUUUUCCUUUAAAACGUCAAGGUUUUUAUAUUGUGAGUAACUUAAAUUUACGUUUGAGUUGUUUGUUGCUAAGAGGUAGUCAAUGUAAGAGAGUACUGGUUCCUUCAGUAGUGAGUAUUUCUCAUAGUGUAUCUUUAUUUAUAUCCAGGACAUUUUUGUGACUGUAUUUGAUUGAUAUAUGCUUCUUCUGAUUCUUGCUAAUUUCAAAGAAUAUUGAAUAAAUGUUAUCAAGUCAAGGACA